AUGUAUGAGAGAGCAGCCAGGGUAACCCUCCAAACCGUGGGCAGCACCCCGGCCAACGUAGGACCAGGAUCGUACCAUGUCAGUCUUCUCGAACCGAACCAAUCAGAGAGUUAUGCCCCAUUUCUGUCACUGACCAGAAGGGAGACGAUAUUCCAGAGGUCUGGAAAUAAAGAGCAGUCGCCUGGACCCGGACAGUACAAUCCCUCUCUUCCUCAGAACCACAUCCCAGGGGGGAGAAGCCUUCAGAACCGGCUCCAGCGGUUCGAGGAUGCAGUUACCGAGGUCCCGGGCCCAGGAACAUACAACCUGCUUCCGGAACCUUUCGGUGUGAAAUACAGAGAUGCUGAGGGUGAUUCACCAGGGAAGAAAAUGACCAAAAUCACCGGGUACCCGCAGCAUCCUGACAUCCCGUCCAUUCCAUCACCGGGCCAGGCCUAUGGCUAUGUGGAGAAUCAGGACGGGCUUCUGUGCAGGCAGGUGCCACCUUCCAGGGACCAAACCCUGGGCCCGGCCUUUUACAACCCAGAGCCGGCAGAGAACUCAUCCUUUCAGAAGUACAGGGGAGUGCACUUUGGGAAGAUGACUGGGAAACGGUGCGAGGUGAAGGUGGUCGAGGGCCCUGGACCUGGGGCAUACAGUCCGGAAAAGAGCCAUAAGAUCGUCUAUGAGAACAUCAACGUGAGGAAGGAGCUGGAGAGCAAGGCGGAGCUGUUCAUCCCACGCUACCAUGAAGUAGUCUCCCUGCAGGAGAUGAAGAAGGGCAUCCCAGGUCCAGGACACUAUCACAUCAAGGGCGUUUUUGAGAAUCCUGCUAAUCCGUCUGCCGUACCCUUCCUGUCCCAGGCCGAGCGUUUUGCCCCAGUGAAGGAGACAGCGCCCCCUGUGGGGGCCUACAGUGACCCACGCUGUGCUCUCGAGCUCCUCAAGAAGAACACAGGACUGAAGAAGAGCCCCUUUUGCCAAAGUUCCACACGCUUUCCCCCUGAUGACAGGAAACCAGAAAGCCCAGGCCCUGGGUCUUACAACGUGUUUGACUACGGCAUGGCCCAGGAUAGCCUGAAGAAGGCCUGUGUAGGGAGCUCCCAGAAAGGGGCCUUCGGUUCCACAGCGCAGCGCAGUCUCGUCUUCGGCAAGAAGGAGGAGGCCUUUGCUCCGGGGCCAAGCGACUACAGGGUAGAGAAGACAGAGGAGCGGUACAAGCAGCAGCACACGGCGGUCUUCAGGUCGGGCACGGAGCGUCUGGCGAGACCUCAGGCGGCUAAGGACACACCUCCUCCCAGCUCCUACAACGUUCAAGAGUCGUUUGAGAAGACACGUGGACGGAGCUCCUACUUACCGCCAAGAAACAAAGGCGCAAGGAAACGGCAGGGCUCCUUUCUGAGCACGGCCCCCAGAAGUUCCUCCUUCCACUGCUCCAACCCAGAUAUUCCAGGGCCGGGACAGUACAGUCCUGCCACCAAAUCCAGCCCAAACCUGGCGCUGAUGGUGUCGCGGGAGGUCCGCUUCGGAGGCCCGAGAGAUGAGACCCCUGGCCCAGGCACUUACAAGCUGAGCCGGGGACUCGUGGACACAGUGCUGAAGAGAACGUUCAAUGUCACCCUGGACAACCCUCUGGCGCCUCAUACCCCGUGCACCCCCCACGCCCACGGGCUGCAGCUGCCAGCCGGAACGCUGCCCUUCGUGACCCCGAACUUCUGGAACAUCCGGCAGCCUAAUGCAAAAUAA